GUGCCUGACACGGAGGUUCUAUAGACAAAAUAAACCUUCAGUCUUAAUUCGAUACCUCUGAAAACCCAAUCAUAGAAACUAAAUUAAAGCCAAACUAAAAACUUAAAACAUUUACUUAAAAACAGUGAUCGAAAAUCAAGAUAAAAUAGCUGAACAAACCUUCCGUCUCGAUCUCUUUGAAAAUAUAUAUCUAUCAAUCCCCUAAAGUUUAAGCCUUUCUUAAUAAUAGUGUUUUAAAUUGAAGAUUAAAAUUUUAAAGAUAAAACCGAUCAAACCCUAAUCCUUGAUCCAAUACAUCAGAAAACCUAAUCCCAAAACCCAAGUUUAAAUCAAUCAUAUUUAAAAACAGUGUUUGAAUAUCCCAGUUCCAGAUUUUCAGUUUUUCGAUACCUCUGUUCGUAAAAUCUAGUAUUUCGAUAACUCUGAGAACCAUAAACUCUUCACCAAGUUUAAACCAUAGGUAAAAUCAAGAUUUUAAAGAUUAAACUUUGUUUAACGUUAACCUGGACAACACAAAAAUCAGUAUUAAUGGUACUUUUACAUAGGAAUAUUUAAACAAUUAUAAAAGUUUAAAUUAAUCUAUAGAUAAUCCUAAUUCUUUAUUCUUUUAUGUACUUAUGUAAACAUAAUAUUUAUUUGUGUUUAACAUCAUUGGUGUGUCAAUACAAAAACGACUUUAAUCUCGUUUUGUUCUUAUAAGAUUGAAAGUAGUUACAAAAAUAAAUCCAUUCUUUGAACUUUAGUGAGUGUUUGUAUUUAAAUCUAUACAUGUCUUGAUCACAAACAAUGGAUCAACCAGUUAUUCAUUUAGAUCUAAGCGAUUCUAUAAGUAUGACAAAAAUAAAUAAAAGUGAACAGGACAAAAAGUGAAAUAAGAAGUGAAACAUGAAUGGCGGUAGAGCUGACGCAUCAACUUCCACCGAUGAAGUAAAGGGUCGGCCACUCUGUCUGUUCUACUUCACGCAUCCAUUCGGCGUGCUCUCCCCAGAGCCGCCCACGGUUUCUGUGGCACCGCAGAACAUCGCACGCACCUACGUCAACAUGGAACCAGUUCCACCGUUCUGGACCUCGUCUUCCUCUCCUGGAUACGACACCACCUCAACACGUCCGAGCUACGACCUUGGCAAUGCAACAGUCCACAGAAACCCAAUAAAUCUAGUCAGGAACUAUGAGCUUGAUUUAAGGAGGGAUUCUGUGUCAUCCUCAUUAUUUUCAAGUGACAUGUGGUUCAGCUCAAGUGGUAGCUCGAGAUUUGGAUGCGAUCGACGUGUUGUCCCCUACAAUAGAAUAUUGCCGCCUUUACAACUUCCUACGCCGCGAGAUUUACCACUGGAUUUCGACAGUUCAGACGAUGUUUGGCCCAAAAAGUGUUUGAAUCCUGGCAAGUUCUCGUUGCCUCCGAUCGACUUGCCCGUGAGUUGUGUGAGCGAGGAUUUCUUCGAUGACAAAGUGUCAGUGUGUGAUAGUGAAACGUUCAAGAGACAUCGGCGAGUGUUUGGUGUGAGGAAGCAGAGGAGGAGAAUGCGAGCCGGCAGCGUCAGGAGAAUGAUCACUUAUCUCAUCCAGCGAAACGUAAGAGGUUGGAAAAAGCGGGCUUUCCAAGCUCAUUUUCCGAGCCCAUGCGUUACUUUCACGGAAUAUUUGCUGCUGUACUAUUUGUUGCUCAUGUAA